AUGUCUAACAGCACAGAGUCUAGUAAAUCAAAGGACUACAUAACUGAAAUCCUUAAUUCCCUGAAAGGAGAAAUAUUUCAGAAAUUUUUAGAAAGUGAUAAGUUUACUAGGUUUUGCCAGUGGAAAAAUGUAGAACUAAAUAUAAAUGGCAUGUUGUCAAUGAAUGACUUCAGUGUACACAGAAUAAUUGGAAGGGGUGGCUUUGGAGAAGUUUACGGGUGCCGCAAGGCUGACACCGGCAAAAUGUAUGCAAUGAAAUGCCUGGAUAAGAAGCGGAUAAAGAUGAAGUCAGGUGAAACACUUGCCCUCAAUGAAAGAAUAAUGCUUUCUCUAGUUAGUGAGACGGACUGUCCGUUCAUCGUGUGCAUGACGUAUGCAUUCCAAACACCAGACAAGCUUUGUUUUAUCCUAGAUCUUAUGAAUGGUGGUGACCUCCACUAUCACUUGUCACAGCACGGUGUAUUCUCUGAAGAGGAAGUGGGUUUCUAUGCCGCAGAGAUCAUCUUGGGUCUUGAACACAUGCAUGUCCGUAACGUGGUAUACCGUGAUCUCAAGCCUGCUAACAUCCUCCUUGAUGAGAAUGGUCAUGUCCGCAUCUCUGAUCUUGGUCUGGCUUGCGAUUUCUCUUCAAAGAAACCACAUGCUAGUGUAGGUACUCAUGGUUACAUGGCUCCUGAAGUACUGUCCAAGGGAACAGCAUAUGAUUCCAGUGCAGAUUGGUUCUCACUAGGAUGUAUGUUGUUCAAACUUCUUCAUGGACACAGUCCAUUCAGGCAACAUAAAACGAAAGACAAGCACGAGAUUGAUCGCAUGACACUGACUAUGGAUGUUGAAUUUCCUGACAAGAUGAGCGAUGAGAUGCGAUCAUUACUAGCUGGUCUACUACAGAGAGAAGUAGCAAGUAGAUUAGGUUGUGAAGGCAGAGGGGCAACAGAAGUGAGAGAGCAUCCCUUCUUUAAGAAUACAGAUUGGAACCAAGUGUACUAUCAAAAGGUGCAACCUCCCCUAAUACCACCAAGGGGUGAAGUGAAUGCUGCAGAUGCCUUCGAUAUCGGAUCAUUCGAUGAGGAUGAUGUUAAGGGAAUCAAGCUAUCGGAAGCCGACCAGGAACUGUAUAAGAAUUUCCCCGUCACCAUCUCAGAGCGAUGGCAGCAGGAGAUCGCUGAGACGAUAUUUGAAACAGUCAACCAGGAGCAUGACAAGUUAGAGAUGAAACGAAAAGCAAAGAAAAUGGAUGAAGGAAUCUAUGCCAUGGGCAAGGAUUGUAUAAUGCAUGGUAUCCUUCAUAGACUCGGUGGACCAUUCCUCAAUACAUGGCAGAAGCGUUACUUCUAUCUGUUCCCUAACAGGUUGGAAUGGUCUGGUGAUGGUGAUAGGGGUCCAAGUCAGCAAAAUGUGAUUGCACUGGAAGAUGUACUAACGGUAGAAGAAUCAACAAUCAAGGGUUAUAAGAGCAUCACGUUGAAGAUGAAGGCUGGUAAACCAUGCAUUCUACGAGCAGAGUCUGAACCAGAAUAUGUGCAGUGGUUCAAAGACAUCCGUAGCACGUUUGACGAGGCACAGCGCAUGCUGAGGAAAGGACCCAAGAUGUUUGCUACCCAAGGUUCGUCUACUGAUAUCAUGCGCCACCAUCCCCCUCUUGGCCAACGCAACAGCAAUGGCCCCCACUAACCACACCCCAAACUCUACCCGUCCCAGUAACCCACCCUCCCUCCCUCACUCACCCUACCCAUCACCAUCAUAUACCACUACUUUAAUCCACUGAUGCCUCAAGUCUCUCAUUACCAUAGGUGUUGAUACAUAAAUUGCUUUGUUCUGGAGUGUUGUGGGUUAAUUAUGUCUCUUUGAAUUCAGUUUUAUGAGAUAGUUCUCCUACUGCCAUUAAGCUAUGAUACAUCAGCCAAUAAAUAAAUCCUUCCGCAAUAAGAAAGCCCUCUACUCUUCUCUAUCCAUAGUUUUAAGAUAAGAUUGAUAUUGGUGUGACCCGAAACCCUUUUUCCCUGGUCUUCUUGAUAUUGAAAUAUUUCUUAGUCUCCUCUGGACUCUCAGAGGUUGGUACAGAUUUCUUUUUUGGAGACGACUCUAAACUUUAUCAGAGAUUUUUACAUGUGACUAGGUGAUUUUCUCUCAGUGCUAAAUUUCAUAAUCAUAUUGUAAGCUGAUGAUGCUAGUCUUGUUAAACAAAAUAACUAAAAUGCAUGCAAUGACUAAUAAUUAACACCUGCCUAAUUAUUCAUUUUUAUUUAAUGACAUUGCUCUUCAGAUCAAUAUACUAAUCCUUUUCUCACUAUUACCCUAAACUAAUCCAGGUUAGGAGUAGGAUUCCUUUUCUAACCCAAUCCAAUGAUCAUAUAUUUCUUGUAAGUUUUGAGCAGAAUCAGGCAGCCUGAACUGACAGAUAUUUUAUCUUGAUUCUCUGUAGUUGCUAAAUUUGAAAUUAAAAGUUUGAAGUCUGUAUUGUUUCUGAAAUGUGGCAAAGAUGGAAGUGACAAGCUGAGAGAAACUCUUUAUUACCUUGAAUUUGGUUUAGAUACAAGCUUCUCAUCAAGGUUCAUGUGAUGUGAAUGAUCCAUAACACUCCAGAUUCUAUUCAAUUGGAAAAUUGAAAUAACAACCCUGAUUGGUUACUAUUUUUAUGACCAAAUGCUCAUAGUAUGAUGAUGAUUAUUGGUCUUUAGCACCUUGUAAUUGAUUGCAAAUCCAUCCAUUACAGAUCUAUGUUGCAGCUCUUCAGGAUUUUGUUGAAUUAUUAACAAAAUAUGAGAUGUGCAUGAUAAUCGUUACAAAACAAUUUGGGACCCACUGGCAAGAUAAUAUUUACAUGUUAUGGAGGGGGAAAGGUAGUUUAGAAACCAUUUUUAAAAACAAAAAUGGGAAUGUUCUUUUGAUUAUGUGUGAGAAACCCAAGAGCUUAAAAAUGGACAAGGAUAAAGAAAACAAUAUUUGCUGAGCCUAUAAUGAGAACUAUAGUUGCCUUUGUAUAAAGAAAAUAUAAUUAUUUAGUGCAGUAUUAGUUCUAUUGUUGUGUGUUUAAUAAUAAUGGACUGAGUUUCUUUCUAUUUAUGAUGCAGAGGGACAUUGCAUAUUCUGGGAGUGAAUGUUUAGGAUAAAUUUAUUGGACUAGAUUUUUUUCCCCCAAGAAUUGAAAAAGUCAUGAUAAUGGAGUCUUGUGGCUAAACCGAUAGUAUUUAGGACUAUGAUCUUACAGUCGAUGUAGGUAGUUUAGUGUGUAGACAGUUGUGAUCAAUACAAUAUACUAACAGACAUGAUUAAAUGACUACUCAUAUGCUCUGAUAGUCAAGAGAUUUUUCAAUAUAUUCUUGAUACUUGAGAAAUUUGCAAGUAGAUUCCUAUGAAAUUUAGCCACAAAUUGACAUUAUGCAUCAUACUUCAGUAAUGAGGAACCUUUAUGAGAACUUAGUUUUUAAUGUUUUAUUCAUGUAGAGGAAGGGUUUGCUUGCAGUUUGAUUUCAGAUAUCUAGUCAACAGUAUGGAUUGUAUUUCUUAUCAUUUUAGCAUAUUUUGAUUUUAGUUUUCUAUCAAUCAUAGUCAAUUUGCGUAAAGCAAUUGCAUUUUUUGUGUGAAUAUUAAGAAUAUGUAAAGUGAACUUAUUACAAAAAAUAUCAAUCAUUUUGGUAUUUCUUACAGUCUUGACGUAGAGAUGCAUAGUGUGUGUAAUAUGAGAGGAAAAAAUGUCAAUAACCUCAUUGUUUGUACACGCAGAAUUAUUAUCAGUGUGCUACUUAUGAGGAAACAAAUCAAUAUGAAUAUGCAUUUGUUCACGGGAAGACGCCGGUAGUCAAGUCAUAAAAUUUAUUUGCAUUAAAUGACAACGAUUGCAAAUCGUGCUGUGCACAAUAUAUAUAUAUAUAAAAUAUAAUACUUUUCAUCAAUGCCUGAUGUAGAUGUAUAGUUGAGGAAAAUGAAGAUUGUUUUCAAUGGUGCAUGGCUUUGUACAAUGAAACAGCAUGUAAUGUUUAUAAACCAAGAAGAGAAGAAUGUAUGUUAUUAAUUAGAAUGUGUUCGUUAGAGAUCACAGAUUUGUAAUGAUACAAAUAUUGAGUAUUUAUCACCUAAAAAUAUGAAUGGAUAAUUACUUGUAAAGAAAGAGAAAUC